AUCAUCACCAAAAACCUCAGGCUCCAAUCCCUCCUCCCUCCCUUAUCUCCCCUCUCCCUUUCCUUUCCCUUCCGCUCCUCCCCUCGCCAUGGCCACCACCAUGUCCCUCCGCUCCCUCGCCAUGGCCAUGGCCGACGCCGCGCUCCAGCCGGCGCACAAGCUCCUCCCCACCGUCUCCCUCCCGCUCCUCUCCUCCUCCACCCGCGCCGCGCCGCUCCUCCUCCGCGCCAACCGCCGCCUGCCGCUCGCGCCGCUCGUCGCCUCCUCCGACGCUGUCGAGGCGGGCGUCGAGUGGGCCGACAACGAGGAGGAGGAGGUGGUGGGCGAUGCCUUCGACGAGGAGGUUGGGGAGGCCGAGGAGGAAGUGGUGGCCUCUGGCGACGAGGAGGAGGAGGGUGGGGACGGCGACGGGGAGUACGCCGCGGUCGAGCCGCCCGAGGAGGCCAAGGUUUACGUCGGGAACCUCCCCUACGAUGUAGACAGCGAGGGCCUCGCGCAGCUCUUCGACCAGGCCGGCGUCGUCGAGGUCGCCGAGGUCAUCUACAACAGAGAGUCUGGCCAGAGCCGUGGGUUUGGCUUUGUUACCAUGAGCACCAUUGAAGAAGCUGACAAGGCCAUUGAAAUGUUCAACCGUUAUGACAUUAGCGGGAGGCUUCUGAAUGUAAACAGGGCAUCUCCUAGGGGCGCUCGCAUGGAGAGACCUCCUAGACAAUUUGCAUCUGCUUUCAGAGCUUAUGUUGGCAACCUGCCAUGGCAAGUCGAUGACUCUAGGCUGGUGCAGUUGUUCAGUGAGCAUGGAGAAGUUGUUAAUGCUACAGUUGUCUAUGAUAGAGAAACUGGGCGCUCACGAGGAUUUGGUUUUGUAACAAUGGCAUCAAAGGAUGAACUUGACGAUGCCAUUUCCGCCCUCGACGGGCAGGAAUUGGAUGGCCGCCCACUUCGGGUGAAUGUUGCAGCGGAGCGACCCCAGAGGGGUUUUUGAUGCAGCGAUAUGAGAGAGAUGGCUGCUUGUUUGUAAUGAGCAUGGAGAUACAACAGAGGAGCAAUGGGACACUUUUGCGGGAGCUGGUGCCAAGUUGCUAGAUAUCCUCCCUUAGCUUCCUGAUGUUUGGUUCUUGCCACACGGCUUUUGAUGCUAUGCUCUUUGGCGCUGAUGUUAAUGUCUUAAAAUUUGUUGACACCAUGAGCUAUAUUGUUCAAGUAGGCUACUAUCUUGAUGUGGUGAUGCCCUAAAAGAUCUCA